AUGGGGAAUGUCCUCAGGAGAAGAGGCAGCCACAAAGACAAGAGAUCAGCAAUACAGGAGGACAGUGCAGACCUGCGUUGCCAGCUCCAGUUUGCUAAGGAGGAGUCUGCCCUCAUGCGUAAGGAGUUAGCCAAGCUGGGACGCGAGAGGGACGAACUGGAGCUGGAAUUGACCAAGUACAAGGGUGUGUAUGGGGACAUGGACAGCCCAGUGGCGGCGUGUGAGAUUCCGGGCGGCGGGCCCCCCAGCACGAGAGAGGCGGAGCUACGACUACGACUCAAACUGGUGGAGGAAGAAGCCAACAUACUGGGACGCAAACUAGUGGAACUGGAGGUGGAGAACCGCGGCCUGCGCGCGGAGAACGAGGACCUGCGGGGGAACGGCCAGAUGGGGGACCGCGGGGAGUGGGGACGAGACACCGCUUUGGGAUCGGGCCCGACGUCACCGUCGCCGUACGAGUCGGUCGGGGAGCUACGGCGACACCUGCAGUUCGUGGAGGAGGAGGCUGACCUCCUGCGGCGCUCCAUAGCGGAGAUGGAGGACCACAACCGGCAGCUCACCACUGAACUCAGCAGGUUCAAAUUCGGGCCCGGCGACGGGGGCCAGGGGGGCGUGGUGACGCUGGAGGAGGGCCAGGGGGGUGUUUCGGCUGGCUCGGGGGGUCUUGCGGAGCAGCUGGAAGUGGCCCGUGUGCAGAUCAGCGAGCUGUCGGGGAAGGUCCUCAAGCUGCAGUAUGAGAACCGCGUGCUGGUCUCCAACGCACAGCGCAGCGACCUCGCCGGACACACCAUCACCACGGAAACCACACGAGAGGAGGAGGAGGAAGAGGAGGUGGAGGAGGAAGAGGAGGAGGAGGCACCGAAGCGUGAGGGCCCAGUGGGAGGAGAGAGCGACUCGGAGGAGGUGGUGGAACGCUCAGCAGCUACGUCGGGAUUGGGCAGCAGCAGCGGGGCGGGACUUAAGCCCUGGGAGGCUGACGUGAUUGGCCAAUCGCAGCGGCGGCGUGCGGAGGAGGGGCUUCGGCGGGAGGCGGAGCGUCUGGGGCGCAGCGUGGACCGCCUCAUCUCCGACACCGACAGCCUCAUCACCGAGGGGGGCGUUGCUGCGGCGAUGGUGGUCUCCACGGAGAGUGUGUCAUCAUCGUCGUCGUCGGCAGCAACGGUGGUGGAGGGCGGUGUUGGCGGAGGCGUUGCUAGGCAACAGGAUGCCGCGGUCCUGGAGACGGUGAGCACGCGCAUGAAGGCGUUCCGCGCGGAGCUGCAGGGCUUCGUGGAUCGCCUGGGAGACGGGCAGCAGCGGGAACGUGAGCGCGGUGACCGUGGAGACGACCUUUCACCCCUGCCGCACCUGACGGAGUCUAGCAGCUUCCUGUCCACAGGCACCUCCCUCUCACGGGACUCACCCAUAGGCACCCUGGGAAGGGACCUGCUCACAGACCUACAGAGGGAGCCUCAUACUGUGCACUGUAGUGUAAUAAUCAUUCAAAAGCACCACCAACGCAGCAGCACCACCGACACUGCCAUCUCUAUGGCAACAGCAUCACCACCGACACUGCCGUAUCUAUGGCAACAGCAUCACCACCGACACUGCCGUAUCUAUGGCAACAGCAUCACCACCGACACUGCCGUACCUAUGCCCUACCCCGCCCUAACUCCCCUACGCCCCCUACGCCCCCUACGCCUCCCCUCCCCACCUGGGCAGAGCGAUGAGGGCCCCCUCCUCCGCAGUGCCGGUCAGGGCCUGGUGGGGGCGCACUGGAGCAAGGGAGCCCCCGGACACACUAGAGCCCCCAGGCCCCCGGGGGUCAGACCAGAGAUCCGUGAUCCCUCCUCGGUGCCUGAGGUCACCUCUCCGGCUCGGGAGCUGCAGUUCCGUUUGGACCGCCUGAGGCCCGGCACAGACGACCGCGACAACCUGAUGGGACCAGUCACACAGCAGGAGGCGAGGCGUGGCCUGGAGUUGACCGGGCUGCAGACGACACACGGCGAGGGGGCGUGUCCUGUGGAUCGGGGGGUGUGGCCACAGGAGCGAGCGUUGCUUCAGCAGGAGUUGCGAGUGUUCCGUCACCACACCGUGGUCCUCUACAUGAAGCUCAGGUGGAUACUCACACACUGGAGACUGGGUCGCCGUGGAGACGCCUCCGUCACCGGGGACGACGCCCCCUCACACGCAGAGUUCGAAUGCCUGGAGAACAUUCCGGAACUGGCCGUUGCCAUGGAGCCGGGUGAUGGAGAGGGGGAUGCCACCAGGCCUUGUGCCAAAAUCAGCGGGGGUGUCGGGGGGGAGGGGCCAGCGGAACCCGGGACUCUACUGCCCUCACCAGAUCUCUACCAGCAUCAGAAACAGGUGGGUGAUAACCGUCGCGUGCUGCACGCUCUGCGCUGGCUCCUGGAGGAGUUUGGCUGUGAGCUGCGUGACGAGGAGGCCAGACGGCUGCAGCUGCAACAGACGUACGCCAACCAGAGAGCAUCAUGGGAGAUCCAGCACGCCGAGAUGAGGAAGCGACUCACACAGUUAGAGGAGGUGGCAGGAGGCCCUGUAGUAGGAGGUGUGGGUGUCGGCUCAGCAGGAGGCUCUGCGUGUGAGCAGGAGCGUGAGGAGCAACGGCGCCUCCUGGCGGAGAGCCACAGCGCUGCCCUGGAGCUGAGAUGGAGACUGCACCACGGGGAGAGGAGGUGGAGGAGGGAGAGGCAGGAGCUCAUUCAACACUUCCACAGGGAGAAACAAGCAUGGAUCCAGAAGGAGGUGUCUGCGUCCCCCCAGCUGAGCCCCUGCAAGUCUCCUCGGGGCCCCCCUCCGCGUUCGCCCCGCUCCCUCUCCGACUCCGACGCGGCUGAGACGCGGCUGAGAGCCGGGCCGGAUGCGGCCCACCCGGGGGAGGAGAGGCUGUUCCUGGACGCCCUCUCCCUCGACCCCCCCUCCAGCCUGGAGCAGGUACCCCCCCCCUCACGCCUCCAGCACCAGAAGAGGUUCCCCUGCCUCAACGAGGCCCUGAAUGAGGUGUGUGAGAAGGCGGGGCCAGCAGUGUUCCCAGAAGAUGAACCGACCAGUGGGAGCCUCCUCAGGGCCAAGUCUGUGUGUUCCAUGAGUGACUUCCAGCGUCUGAUGGACUCCUCCCCCUUCCUCCCCGACAAGACGACCGGCAGUCGGCACGGCGACCGUAGCCCCGUCGCCAUGGGCAGCAGCAGCGGUUUCCGUGCCGACCGAAGUGACGUGACCCCUCCGCUUUCGCCGGACGACCUGAAGUACAUCGAGGAGUUCAACAACCGAGGAUGCUGGGAUAUCGCCACCGCGCUCAGCGCAUCAUGUCCCAUACCCGGACCCCUGUCAUCCAUACUGCCCCCCGAGGCCCGGCGAGGAGUGGUACCAGGUGACUCUGCUGUUACCCCCUCCAUUGCUGCUGCUGCUGCCGGUACCGUUCUCAGCGGUGCCGACCCGUUCCAGCCCAACUCCUGGUUCCUGACCACCAGCGCCACUCUCACCACCAGCACGCUGAGCAGCCCAGAGCGCUGCCGACCCAGUGGACCCAGUGGACCUGGAUCUGGACUCGGACUCGGUCCGGCUAACGCUGCCUUGGCCCUGACGCCGCCCCACCCGGACCAGCACUUUGGGGGUGGCGGAGCAGGGACAGUACCAGUGGGUGGGGCUUACGCGUCGUCGUCGUCGGGGGCGACGGCAGCGACUCUGGACCUGAACCUCAGUGACGACAUGAAGGAGGUGGCGUUCUCCGUGCGGAACGCCAUCCGCCCCCUGCCGACGACGCCAACGCACGCCGCAACGCCCCCCCACGCCACCACGCUACGCGACUCGGCCUGCCAGACGAACGGCUUCACGUCGCGCGGGACGCAGACGUGUCACGUGGUGAGCGUGGGGCUGCAGACGGACGCAGGCGGCCUGAGGACUCUCACCAGCUCACCACAUCGCUGCCUCACACCCAAAGGCGGUGGCUCCACCCCGGUCUCCUCCCCGUCGCGCUCGCUGCGUCGUCCCCAGUACGUCACCUCCUCCCAGGGCAGCAAGUUCGAGCGGCCCUGCUGCUCCCCCAAAUACGGAUCCCCCAAACUGCAGCGCAAACCCGAGCGGCCCGGAGCCGGGAUCAAGACGGCAGCCGAGUCGGCGGGGGGAGGAGGAGUUGGUGGGGGAGGAGGGUCUUCGAGCAGGACCACCACCCCCACCUCCACGCCUCAGAAGGGCGCGUCGGGUGGUGGAGAGUCGGCGUGGGCGCGGUCGACCACCACACGGGACAGCCCCGUCCACGCCACCAUCAACGACGGACACCAGCUGUCCAGCCUCUUCAACAUCAUCGACCACACCCCCCUCGCCGCGCUCGAGCCCGUCACGGCCACCGUCGUCGCCGGGGCCAACAAGUACACACGCUCCCCCAGCCGCUCUGCCAGACCUCAGCAGGCAGCAGCAGCAGCAGCAGCAGCAGGCGCGGACCCCACAGCCUCCCCUGGAGGCUCGGAGGGGAAAUGCAGCACUGUGGGGGGAGAGGAGAUGCUGAGGGGCGCAGCGGCCCGCGGACGCUCCCCGAGCCCCGUGCAGCAUCUGAUUGUCGUGGAGAUGGCGGAGGUUCCGAGCAUCCGCCAGGACCUGUCGGCGCCGCCGGGACACACGCUGGCGGAGAACGCUGCGCGCCUUCUGAACAGGAAGCUGCAGGAGCAGGCUGGCACCACGUCACGCGACGAGCAGCGCAGGGGGCUGCAGUUACCGUCGGCAACCACCGCCGCUGGGGGCGGAGCCACCACUCAGGGGGCUCACGGCCGCGACGCCAAGUUGGGCGAGACAUCUGCGGACAGGGCCGGGAGCAUGGAGGAUCUGCCGCGGUCUCCCGUGGCUCCGCCCCUUGAGGCCUGCUUCCUGCGGCCGGCCCGCCCACCCAACAGACGGCCGCCCUCGCGCUGGGCAGGCGCACGCUCCCCAAACUCUUCCCCCACAUGGGGGAGUAACGCCAACACCAGUCAAAGGUUCCAGUUCCCCCCAACAACCCAGAGCAUCCCAGAGGGGGAAGAGCCAAGGCCAGCCUGAACGAGGGAUGGAGGUCCCUCUCCUCUCUCCUCCUCUCCUCUCCUCUCCUCUUCUCUCCUGUCCUCUC